GCAGUAGUGGUAGUGGUAGUAGUAUAACGUGAUUGCUGAUGCGUCGGGAGCAGGUGCUCGCGCCGAUCCACGCGCCGUCACUGCCAUCGUCGAGGAGCUCCGAGCAAUUUAUAACGCACUGGCGCGAGGAUUGGCUCCGGCCACUCCCACAUUCACGGACGCUUGCAUUCACCAGCUGCUUUCCGCUUUUGAUCGGGAUCCAUUCAUGACCACAGCGAUGAUUGGCUACAUUGCCGUGGCAGGGGCGCCCCCGUCGUUGCAUCAGCAGCGUCCUGCCCAGAGUUCGCUGCGCGGACAAAGCGGAUUCGCCGAAGCCUUUCACAUGCGCGUUGUGCUGCCGACAAUCGAGGCUCGACUCAAUGCCGGUCGGGCGGAGGACGUCUAUCCAGUGCUAACGCUGCUCGAUGUGCACGAGCCCGUGUCUCAAGCGAUGGCGACCGCCUUGCGCAACUUUCUCACUCGUCUGGCCGACUGCGCGUUCGGGUUUGACGCUUCUUGCGCCCUGAGCGUCCAGCUCACCUAUGCGUCGCUCCUUGGCCGCGAGACACCCUACCUGGUCAAACUCUUUUCAGAGUGCGAGGCCAGCGCACGCCGUCGUCUCGCGGAAACCCACGCGAUCGUGGUGCCGCAAAGCUCCGACAUGACUCCCGCAGCAAUCUUUCAGGUGACUGCCUCGCUCGCUUACGACCAAGCCUCGAGUGAACCAAGCGCAUGGGGAUUGUCUUACACCAAGCUGAUUGGCACACCCUUCAAUGCCGCUCCCGACACUGACGAGCAGGACGGCGACGAGGAUUCGGGCGAACACGCCGUGCGCCUGACGAGUGAAGCGUGGAAGCGCCUGUUCUUUACCAUCGUCACUCACAAGAGCCAUUUUCUCGAGCAUUUUGCUCGAUCGGCGCUCGACUGCAUCGACCGUAGCGACUGGUCGACGCUAAAGUCGCUCACCAGCUUGGCCGAAUUCCGACCGCUGCGACCCAUUCUCUUGUUGCUUGGCUGGAGUCGAUGCCGCAGUCACGAAGAUGCACAGGCGCUUCUUGCAGCGCUGUGGAGCGCGCACUCGAACAGUCCCGACGAAGGCAUUCAAUGGCUCUGCAGCAAGCUCGUCUACCAAACUCGGCUCGCGGAUUGGCUCCAGCGGCACGCUGCUGCGUUGCUGCCCGCCUCUCGUGCCGCCACAAGUGAUGGUACUGCUGCUGCUGCUGCUGCUGCUGCUGCUGCUACAGACUCUCCUGCCGCGCGCCGAUUUCCAGCUGUGCUUUCAAGUGCGGUUGUUCGCGACCUCUGCUCGCGCUCACCGCUCACGGUCGUAGCGGAACACAUGAACUUGAACGAGGUGGAUGAAGAAAGCGUGUUUGAGUUGCUCAAUCACCAGCUCGCGCCUCCUGCUGCUGGCUCCGAGCUUGACGAAACGUCCAUCAUGCGCGGCUUUUGCGCGCUCAAGCGAGUGUUUGAAUGCAUUUCCCUGCAUCUCAACUGCACGAGCCCCAGCAUUCCGGAUGCUGUCGCAACGGCGGCUCGCACCUUGCUGAGCCAGGCGCAAGCUCACCUUGUGGCGCUCACUUCGGUUGCCUUCCGCACCGAGUUGCUGGAAAACAUUUUCUCGCUCCUCUUCCUUUCCAACGACAUGGUCGGCUUGAACUCGGUCGCGGCCAGUCCCGAAGCAGAUGAUGGUGAUGAAGAAGAAGCAGAACAAGAACAAGAACAAGAAGCGAAAGAAGCAAAAGAAGCAAAAGAAGCGACGAUGGACGCAGGCAAGUCACCCGAUUCGGCUGCGUUUGUGGUUUCUGAGGCCCUGGCCGUCGAUCUUCUCGCAAUGAUGAAGGAAGUCAUGAUUGGUCUUGAAGCGGCUCGUUUCGAGUUGGCAAAGAGUCCCAGUCCCUCGCCAGCGCCCGACAAGACCGCAUCCAGCUCUGCUUCCGAGUCUCUGGGCCUGCCUGCUGCGCCCGAGGCUCGCGUUGCUCUUCAGCAGCGGAUUGCUCAUCUGGGGCAGUGCGUGAACGAAGCGCAGUGGCGCCUGCAGCUCGUCGGAGGCCUGACCAGCGGUCCAGAGAAGCUUCGCUCGCUCGACAACGUCGACUCUGUGUCGUCCAACAUUAUUCGCUACAUGCUUGCCUCCCCCGAUACGUUGGUUCACAUGUGUUUGCGCGCGAGUGACUACGAUCGGGUCAAGCAAGUCAUCCAGCUCUUCAAGGUGCAGGGUUCGAUCAUUGACGACGCGGCCUUUGCCGAGCGUCUGGAUGCUGCCGUGGCCGGAAUGGAGAAAAAGCCAAUCCACAAGUCGCUCGAGACACUCGAGUCCCUUGCCGUGUCCGUCCCCAGCACCGAGGCACGUACUCGCCUCUUCUUUGACAUGGCCUUGUACGCGUCGUCGCCCGAGCUGUCCCGCCAGUUGAUUAUGCGCGCGCGAGCGUCUUUGCUCGGCGGCCCACAACAUUCCACUCGCCAACCAAAGGGCGAAUCGCCUGCGGCGAGCCCAGCCGUCAUGUCGGUGCUCGGUUUGACCCCGUCUCCCAAUGCCGAUCCAACGGCCAGUGCCUCGAUUGAGGCGCCCAUCCAAUCCUUGACUCGGCUGAUGGACAAGUGUCUCGACUUGCUCGAGCUCUAUCCCGGGGACAAUCUGCGAAAGCGUCUUCUCGAAACUGGCGUGUUGCGGCACGCAGACAUUGAGCGCUGUCGACUCGAGAUUGCCCGCUUGGAGCAACAGCAAACCGCGCUUACCACCUUUGCCGACCUCCUGACGCGGAUUGAAAACGGUGACGAUCUCACACCUGCGACCACCAAGUUUGACGACCUCACUCGGUCUGACGGCGAUGAAGGGCCAACGCCGAGCGGCGAGUCACAACCAGUCCAGCAGCAGCAGCAGCAGCAGCAGCAGCAGCAACUAGUAGCACAGCAGCAACAGCAGCAGCCGCAACAGCAGCAGAUUUCCUCAGUCGAGUGGAAUGACCGACAGCGACACGCGCCAAGAAUUGCGUCCGCCAUCAAAAAGGGCAUGCGCCAUCUGGCCAAAGUGUUUGCCGCCUCGCCCGUGUCACUGGGCGCGAGCAACAGCAACCUCUCGCUUGUCGGUCUGGACGCCGCUUCAUCUACUCCAAUGUACUCGGCUCCUGUCGACUACUUGGGCCGAUUCUUCACUUACAUUGAAACGCUAGUAUCCUUGCUGAACGGCAACGAAACCCUCAGCCAGUAUCCCGAGUCCCGAAUUGUCAAUUGGUUUGAUGUGUUGCGCGAAGGGCCCACCCACACCAUUGAAAAGCUCGUGUUUGAUCGCGCGCUCUUCUUUACUGCCGAACGGGCUGCGGAGCGAUUCCACCUUGAUAUUGUUGUGAUUAUCGUGCGCAGCUGCUGCCCGCGCAUUCGUCGCCGAACACGCACUCGCACAAAGACCAUCAGCAACCAAGCCUCGCGCUCGGCGUGCUCGUUUGUUGGUCCGCUGAACGUCGUGAAGGGCGCACCAGCCACGCCUUCCGACGAGCAGACUGGUUACGGGCUGCCUGUGCCUGCAUCUGUUGCCGUUGCCGCCGCCGCGGCCUCGCUCCAGUUGGUGCGCUCGCUUCUUGAAAACAUGGUGUCGCUCUAUCGUACCCAUGCCGGCUCGGCUGGUACCAUUGAUCAAGACGUCAAGCUCACGUUGGCGGCUUCCCGCGAAUUUGAGAGUCUGACGCGCGCGACCGCCGGUCUGCAAGGCGUCACCCUCUCUGGGCUCGUUUCCCACGAGGAGCGACUGUGCCUGUUUGUCAACCUGCACAACCUCAUGUUCAUGCAUGCCUGCAUUGCGAUGGAGACUCCCAGCAGCAUUCUCGACCGAAUCACCUUUUUCAAAAGCAUCAAGUACAUUGUCGGUGAUCUCGGCAUUAUCAGCGUCUUUGACUUGGAGCACCUCAUUUUGCGCGCCGCCAUGUCGACUCCGGAAAUGUUUGGUGCGGCAUUCGAUAACUUUGUUCAACGCUUUGGCGAAGGAGAUCCCCGCGCCAAGCUGGCGUUGGAGCGACCCGAGCCAAACCUGCUCUUUUUGCUCAACAGCGGCUCGCAAGAUUGCCCGCGCGUCCGCAUCCUCUCGCCAGAAACCCUCGAGCAAGACAUUGCCACCAACCGCACCGAUUUUCUCGACCAGCACGUGCAUGUGGAUGUGGACAAGCGUGCGGUUACUCUGCCAAAGCUGCUCGAGUGGUACAAGACGGAUGUUGUCGGAGACCGGCCUGCCAUCGCUCUGCUGCAGUACAUUGUGCCGUACCUUUCGGCCAAAAAGAAGCAGCUGCUCACCGUGCUCUUGUCUUCCUCAAAGACGUUUGAUACGACUGACAUUGCCGUCAGCUUUGCCGAGUUUGACUGGAGCUUUGGCUACUCGUUCGACAAGAAGCGCGCAGCAUCGACAACGUCCAACCAGCAAGCAGCAUUGGCGGGCGGUCCCCCGACGCCCCAGCUCACGCGGACGCCCUCCACGCUUUCGUCCUCGUCCGUUGGCUCCUCAACCUCCACGCCUUCUAACAGCAGCAGCAGCAACCCGCGCAAAACGCCUCUCGCCGAGAUUCAGGUGUUCCUCGAGAUCAAGUCUCCGAUUGUCGCGGCGCUUGCCGCCCUUGUCAACCCCGCAAACAAGGCGUUUGACGAAUCCCGGCCCUUCACCGACCACAUCAUGAUGCAGACCCAGACCUUCCCAGCGCUGCACCAAUUCAUCAUGAUGCGCUUUGGUCCGCUGCUCGAGUACUUUGUCGGGCGACCGGAAGAAGAAUUCACCUCGCACUACCUGUACAUGCUCGAGUCGCCUUCUGCCGUGCACGAAGAAAUGUACUCGCGCAUCAUUGAUCGGCUGAUUCACGAAGGGCAGUUUUCGCGCGCCCUCAACUUUGCUGACGAUGGUUUGUCCUCUGGCGCUCCGGACUUUUUGCUGUGCGCCAUGGCUGAUGCAGCGCGAGACCGCGUGGACGCCUGGAAGUACAUUGUUCGGCUUCGCGACAAGUCCGUCGCAGCCAGCUUCCUGUUCCGCCAGGCCCUCAACUGGCCUGCCGACGUUUGCAUUGAUCUUUUGGGAAUGUGCAAGUGUCACAUGCAGGAAGACAACCCGCUCUACAAUCAGGUCUCGGAGAUGCUCGAGCAGCUGCUCUUGUACAAGCAAAUUAUCGCCAUCGACCGGCGGUGGGGCGAUUGGCACACGGUGGCGGCCAUGCGCACGCAAGAUCCUCACCCAGUGGCGGCGGUGCUGAUUGAGGCACGUCGGUUUGACCUGGCAUCCCAGUGGGCGACGCUGUGCGGCAAUGUUGACCUCAAGCAGGAGGUGGACAAGAGCUUUGUUCUCGACCUCGUCAAUCAAGGCGACACCAUUCGGGCCUACCAGCAGUUGGAAACGAUGGAGCGUCCCGUUGCGCUCAAGGUUUGCCACUUUUUGCUCGAUCGCGUCAACACCUUUGGGAGCAAGCUGUUUGUGGUCCAGUUUGUCAACCACAACCUCUCGUCCAUCCUGGGUCCCGAGGACGCGGCAGCGCUCGCCAACCAAGAGCUCACCAUUCGCGUUUUGCUCUGUCUCCCGGCAGAGCUGCGUCCCGAUUACGAGCAGCUCGUGCCGUACCCCGAGCUCAUUCUCGAGCAGCUGCUCAUGAAUGUCCGUGUGGAUCUGGCCGCCCUUGUGAUUCGGCGUUUCCCGAAAAUCUUCCACAAGGGCUUGGUGACUGUCUAUGCCGAAAAGGCGCUUGCCUUUGCCACCGUCGAGGACCAACGGCUCAUUAUGCAGUCCAUGCGGCAAUCGCCGUCGACUGCCGGUAGCGCGUACUAUGACGACCUGUCCCCACCUUCCUCUGCUCCGCCGACACCGCGCAAAAAUGCUCAAUCCGGCAGCGGCUUUGGGCGUGCAGCACUCGGAAGCGACACGCCACGCCGCCAACCAGCGUUCUCUGGCUACGAGCCCGUGCCCGUCAUUGGCACCGAUACACGCGUGUCGCUCUCCACCGUCAAUCGCCAGUUGACAGGCUCCGACACGGUCAACUGGGUGCCUGACAAUGAUGUCAAAGUCUGCAUGGUCUGCGAGAAGGACUUUUCAAUGUUCAAUCGCCGCCAUCACUGCCGCAUUUGUGGCCGUGUCGUCUGCAGCGGUUGCUCCAACCACACCGUGCUGCUCACCGACUUUGACAAGCCCGUGCGCGCUUGCCAGGCUUGUCACGAGGCCAUUGUGAAGGAUCCUGCCAUUGCCGGCGUCGCCUUCAUGCCGGGCACGACCGGGUAUGCCAAGGUGAUGGAGGAAGGCGGUGUCUUGCCACAGAGCCAGUCCUCCUCCCGCUCUGCAACUCAAAGCGGCGGAAGCACAAGCGCGCGACCAUCCAUCGCGCCAGGCUCGAGCGCCUUUGGCGCAUUGUCCACACCCUCUGCGGUCGAUCGCGCCAAUCCGUUUGGCCCAGGCCCAGGCUCCUCGAUGCAAAUCGACGGUCUGGCCUACGAUCCUCUGGCCGAGAGUGGCAUUUUUGAUGUGACGGGCCCGACUGUGCCCGUUGCAGUGUCGCGCGCGUCAAAGUCUCAGCCCCAGCGCGCUGCGGCCGACUCGGCAAUGGGAGCCGCCCAGCGCGGCUCGACCGGUAUGGAGCGGUCGGACUCGUCCUCGGACUUGAUGGCAAUUCUCGAGCAGAACAUGGCCGAGAGCUCGCAAAAGUCGCGGGACAAUGACUUGCUCGACGGUCGCAGUCUUGAGCAAUUCAUGCAACGCCAACAGCAGCAGCAACAGCAGCAACAGCAACAGCAGUCGCAGAAUCCCGCACAACGCAACGCUGGACGAACGGUUGGCGCGACUUCGUACGCGACAGUGGGCAUCAACGCGCGUCAAGCGCAACAUUUGGCGUUUUUGGGCACUGCCUUUGGUGCCGAAACGCGCUGGCGUCUCAGCCCCGUAGAGGCCAGCAACGACGCGGUGCGUGCACGGUUCCACUACCUGCAGGCUGCGAGCACAACGUUGUGCAUGGCCAUUCUGGAUCUCUUCCCUGACGGGCGAAAUGCGGGUGAGACAUCGCUGCGGCUGUGUGACCACUUGUCGGAGCAGCUGUUGAGCGACCCGUCCACAGUGGACCACUUUUUGAUCAUUAGCAUCAUUCAAGUUCUCGCCUUUAAUGCAAAGUUCAAAUUCCUCGAGAACGCCACCCACCACGGCAUCGAGCUUUGUGACACGUAUCUUGGCCGGGUGGAUUUGUUGCGCAUUUUGAUUUGCUCCCGCUGCAACUAUCGCCUCUCGAUUGCCGACUUGAACGACCCUGACAAGGCGCGAAGGUUGCGCGAUCGCUUGAUUGGCGACGAUCGCCUGGGCUUGGCCAUGGAAGUGGCAACCAAAUGUCGGCUGGAAACCGCUCCCGUUUGGGCUGCAUGGGGCAUGGCAAAGCUGCGUCUCGGCCAGUUUGAAGAUGCACGCGACAAGUUCCGACACUGCAUGGCUGUCACGGGCGUGAUUGUGCAGCCGUCCACGUCCACGUCCGUGUCCGCGUCCACUGGAGGAGGAGGUGCCUCGGCAGGAAGCGGCCAAACGACCCUGUCGUCUUCCCCAGCAACAACUUCGCCUGUCAUGUCUCCUCACGCAAGCAGCGGCGCGUUGGCGGCCAUGGGUGGCGCCGUGCCGGCGUCCUCUUCUUCGGCGAUGCCAGGACAAAUGCCGAGCAUGGGCGUGCUUGGGUCGUCGGCACAGGCGCUGGCUGCGGCCAACGCCAGUGGUGUGGCGACUGCUGGCGACUCGCUGUUGCUGGGUCGCAUCAUUGACACCAUUGAAACCCACGCCCCGGUGCGUUUGACAGACCUCAAGUCGCUGCUCGCACUGUUGAGCACAGCCCGAGGCCGCACGGCGCCCGAGUCGUCCUUUGCCGAGCUCGGCCUGGCUCGCGCGCGGGUGAGCCCCAUGAGCUGCUUGGAUCCCGAGCGCUUUGAGGAGUGUGUCUACUACCUGCGCCAUUACGGCUCGCAUUUGUCGCUGUUGGCGUUCUACUGUCGACACGGCUUUGUGGACAAGUGCUGCGAGCACGUGUUGCUGUAUUCGCUCGAGCCAGACACCUUUGUCGACUCGGUCUUCAAGACGUGUCUGGAAAAGGGCUGGCUUGGCCAUCUCAAGGAUGCCAUGCGCCAUCCGCCGCGCGCCAGCCUGGGCUUGGCCCCAGCGCCCGCAGCACCGGCUACCAGCAGCAGCAGCAGCAGCAGCGUUGUGAACACGGCAACGUUGGCGUCCGCUCUUGGAACCCUCUUUGAGGAACCCGGUCUGCCUGCGCACCCGCGCUGGACGCCCUACUUGCUCGCGGUUUGCCGCUACCUGAACAAGGCCGCCCGCCUGCACGUUCUGCUCGAAAUGCAAUUGUUCAUGAGCGAUUUGCUCCGCGCCGCUUUGACCUGCAUCAAGUUCUUUAUGCAGAGCGGCAUCCAGCUGUCCGAGCGUAUCGAGCACUUGCAGCGAGCCAAGGGCCUGUUUGAGCUUGCGCACCGGGAAGCCCAGCUCAAGCCUGGCGUCGAUGCAGAAGCGUCGUCGUCGUCGCCAUCGUCUCAAAUGGGUACUGCAACAACCAAAGCAGCAGCAGCUCAGUCUCAGCAAGGCAUGUCGACGGGCGAAAUCUCAAAGUACCUGCGCGCUGUCACGUUGCAAAUGGAGGUGAGCUCGUUCAUCUUGGGCGAGUUCCGCGCUGGGCGAAUCAGCGAACUGCAGGUGAAUCAACUGUCGUCCUUGUCGCUUCUCAGCAGCGACAAGAUGAAGACGCAGCUCGCUGUCGAGCUGUUGCUGGUGGACAAUGGCUUUGAUCUCGCGUUCAAGGUGUGCCAAGAGUUUCGAUUCUCACUGGCCUCCGUCUACAAGGAUGCGGCCGCGGAAAUGGCCCAGCAAAAGGACACGCGCCAGAUCAACGAGCUGCUCAAGAACGUCAAGGGCACCGUUCCGGACGAAGCCGUCGACGAAAUUGUGCUCGCCUGCAUCGAGGUGUUUGCGCGCGACGCGCAGGAUGUCAAGCUCUCUGAAAAGUACAUGCAGCGUCUCAACAGCGACACCAACAAGAUCAGCGCAUGCAUUGCCUGUGGCAAGCUGAAGGCUGGCUAUCUCAUUGCUGUCAAGGCCGGGAUGCACGACCAGAUUGAGCGCAUUGCCCAAGUCGCCUCCAAGCUUGGUCAGAAGAUUGUGUUUGAGCUCUGCGAAAAGUAUCUUGCGACCGUUCAGCGGCGUUAA